ACCGCCAGCGAACGGGUCUGCUCAGAUGCGGCGGCGGCGCCGUGGGGAAUCCGGCGGACGCCCGGAGCUCCGUCUGGCUUACGGCGCCCGCGCCCGCUCGCUUGGCCGCGCAAUCAUUGCCCUACUGCCUCCGCCUCCGCCUCCCGAUUCCGCCUGCCCUGCCUGCCGAGGCGCGUCCUCCGGAUGCCUCGCGUGCCGCCGCUGGGAGUUCCUCCUCCGCGACGACGACCCCGCCGCGUACCGCCGUCUCGUCACCCGAGCAGUCUGCACCGUCGCGCCAGUGGGAUCCGCGCCCUCGCCGCCGCGGUACUCCCCGGGGAACGCCGGGAACUCGCAGGCCAAGCUCGUUCGGGAGACGAUCAAGUGGAUCUUGACGGAUCGGUAUUGUAGAACCAAGAACGUCCUUUGCAACGGUUGCCGUGAGGGUGCCCAGGCUAAAUGUGUCAGUGACCUUGUUUCUUCGCCGUCUUGGGAUAUUCUCUUGCAUAGAAUUGGGGAUCUUCUCAUGUGCUAUAUUCUGAGGCAUUCAUCUAUCUUUUUGCCCAUAAAAAAGAGUGACUAUUUUCAGGUGACUGGUGUUCCACUCAAUGUUGUUCUGCAGAAGCCUAUAUUUGCGAGUGCCAUGGCAAGAAAUCAGCAAUCCAGACCCAUGAAAGGCAAAUGCCUUAUGUGUUAUGUGUGGCGCAAUGCAAUGAUGGUACAGAACAUAUCGGGAGGCAAUCGUGGCAAUGGUUCAAAAUUUGGGCUUUAUUGUUCAGAUAACACUCAGAAAAUUGAUGCUCUACAAAGUUCUCGAAGUUCAAGUGAUGGAUGUAACUGUUCCAACUGUACCCAGAAGCCUAGGAAAAGGAAAAGGUUGUACAGUUGGCAACGCCGCAGUAAGCAGAAGGAGAUCUGUUAUGAGGAUAGGUCAACAGAGUUGAGUAAACUCGAUACCAGUAAUUACAGGGUGUCUGAUUUAUUAUCAGAUGGCUCAGCUGCUGAAUCGAUUGAUCGAACACAUUCCUUGGAGCCUACUGUUGAUAACAAUUCUCCUGCAAUAAACAAUGGUGUUAAUUUUUCAGCAGUUGAAGAGCCAUGCAAUAUACCUGUCAUGUCAUCUAAAAAAUCACCUAGCUCUGUGAUGAAUAUCAGUCCUUCCCAAGGUCUAUAUUGUGGUAAUAGUACAUCAGGACUCCAACGUAGAAGUCCCCAAGUCCCGCUCCCCAGCUACUUACAACUGGAUAGUGGUCACUUCUGCUUCAAUUGCUUGAUGUUGAAUGCUUCAAAAUGUGUAUCAGUAGAUUCUGUGAUAUCAAGACAGGCUAUUUUCUAUAACAGAAAAAUAUCCGAGAAUGUCUUCCGUCGCAGCAACUUGACAAAUAAAAGGAAAAGACCAGAUGCACUAUCUCUUAUAAAGCGCAUAUUUGGAAUCAAGGGAUGUUGCACAAAGUUCUUCCAAUGUGACUGCCAUGGAUUAUCUGCAACAAAUUCUAAUUGCCUGUGUCAUCGGCUGGUUCAACUAUUGAAAAAACUCCUAAGGAAUGCUAAACGCUGCCAGUAUAAGAAACUAUUUCUGCGGCAUUGUUCUGUCAAGUCUAAGCAGGUGGUAAAUGAUGGAUUCCCUUCUAAUCUGGCCAAGAAUGAAGACAACAUACAAUAUUCAAUGGCAGGAAAAUCAGCAUGUGGUGACAAGUCUUUUGCUCAACUGGAAGCUUACAGUACAUAUCAGCAAGUUGUAUCCUUUGUUUGGGCAGUGCUGACGCGAAUCAUACCACAGCCUUUGCUUGGGAAUGCUUCUAGCAAGAGAUGUUUAAGGUCAAACAUUUGGAAGUUCAUAAAGUUACGUAGGUUUGAAACAUUUCAGCUAACUGAUUGUAUUGGUGAGCUGAACGUCUCAAACUAUUCUUGGCUAUCGGAAAUUGGAUUUUCCGGUUGCUUUUGUUCUGCGCUGAUCAAAGAAACUGGGUUAUUGAGUGGCACAGAGGAGCAGAAACAGAAAAAUCUCUUGUGUUGUUGGAUUAGGUGGUUAUUUUCUGACAUUAUUAUACCAUUGAUCAGUACAUACUUUUAUGUUACGGAAAGGGAAACAAAGCGAUAUGAUGUCUUCUAUUAUCCAAAGUCAAUCUGGAGGAACCUAACUAGCAAUACUAUUGCUUCUUUAAGUUUACAGAACUUCAGGAUUUUGCAUGGUACAUCGAGGAGGGCAAUAAAGCAUCUUUACCGUGCUUCAAGAGUGAGGUUUCUUCCAAAACUAAAGGAUAUGCGACCAUUAGUAAAUUUUAAAACUCAAUCAAAGGAUGUUGUUCUCAAUAAGUGUCAUUUAAUUAUUAAAAAAUUAAGGGAUGAGAAUCCAGAGGUGUUUGGUUCUUCUGUUUUCGAUUACGAUGGUGUUCACAAAAACCUUUUGAGUUUUGUCUCUUCAGUACGAAGCAAGUUGAAGAAGUUCAAGAUCUAUAUUGUGGUUGCUGAUGUAUCCAAGGCUUUUGAUUGUGUUAAUCAUGACGUGCUACUGAAAAUUAUGGAUGAUGUUCUGAAAAGUGAUGAGUAUGUCCUGAGGAAAUGUACAAAAGUGAUCUACAGUAGCUCUAAGAAGGCAGUUUACCGCUUUGAUUCAAAUGUCUCUGUCAGCAAAGGAAACAGUAGCUUGGAUUUCUCAAUUCAGCCAUCAUCAAGUGGUGGCGUCCUUGUUGAUCAGGGAACUGUUAGUACAAUCCGGAAGGAAGAGCUUCGUCGUGUCCUUUUUGAACAAGUCAAGUGCAAUAUUGUGAAGUUUGGGCAAAACUUUUACUUGCAACAAGUGGGAAUUGCCCAAGGAAGCAAACUAUCUCCCAACCUUUGUUCCCUGUACUAUGGCCACCUUGAGAACUCUGUGCUAUUGAACCUUCUACAUGAUGGAAAUACUUCUUCAGGAGAGGAUGUUUCAGUACCAGAAUAUUUAUUGAUGAGGUUCAUUGAUGAUUUCGUGUUUAUCUCUUUCUCAAAGCAGCACGCUUUAAAUUUCUUUAAUCGGAUGAGAAGAGGCUUUGGGUACUACAACAGCUACAUGAAUGACAGCAAAUAUAGUUUUAACUUCGAUGCUGGAUAUAGUGAGCAUUGCAAUAACAGACUCUACAGGGGAGACGAUGGUGUCUCUUUCAUACCAUGGAGUGGUUUGCUUAUAAAUUGUGAAAAUUUGGAAAUUCAAGCUGAUUAUACGAGGUAUUUGGACAUCACAAUCAUCUCCACCAUCACUGUCAAGAUGCAUUCUUCAACAAAGUAUCUUAGCAGCAAACUAUGCCAUUAUAUGCGUCCAAAGUGCCAUCCCAUUUUCUACGACUCCAGUAUCAACUCACCAGGCACAGUAAGACUGAAUAUAUAUCAAGCCUUUCUGUUGUGCGCAAUGAAGUUCCAUUGCUAUAUUUGGAGCAUGGCAGAUUCCAGCAUAAGCAAACCAGAGUUGCUGCAUAUCCUUAAGAAGACCUUCAGAUACAUGCAUGGUCUCAUUGUCAACCGUACGAAAGAUGUGGGGCUGCAAUCCGAUGUGCGUCCAGUCCUAAAGCUAAGGCGAAAAGAAACCAUUUGGCUUGGGCUAUCUGCAUACAUUCGUGUGCUUCAAAAGAAACAAUCACGUUACAAGGAUUUGUUGGCUUUGCUGACAGCAGAGGUUGGGAGAUUUGGCCAGAUGGACCGCUCUUCUGACAGUUUGCGCUAUGCUGUCGAUGAUUCUCACUCAUCAAUGUUCUGGAAGUUCAAAUAUUAGAAGCUUGAGUUGCUGGAGUAUUGUAUAAGCUCCGUCUUAUUGGGCACCAUUUAGCUGGAUGUGGGUUGCAGAUUUACUGGCCAUAUGAGGUACAAAAGGUGAAAGCUAAUUGUGGCUUGUGAAAAGGCAGGGCACCCAAUCAUCUUUUGAGCGAAGCUUUGAUUUAUAGUCGUGUAAUCGCCCAAGCUUUGGUUUAAUCUCGGGAUAUAUUUUGUUAUCAUUGGCUGAAAGUCAAUAGCGUUGUACUCAUUUAGAGAUGUUACAUAAAUCUUGAUGGCAGAAAAAGAAGGAUGCUGAUUCAGAUGGUUGAUUCAGUCGACCAUUGCGAUUGAAAAGUCGUCUGCUUCGUAGAGCCUUGUUUUUU